AGCACCGUCUCUCAAAACAGGAGGUGACCUACGUCUGGUGUUCGUGGAAGUCUUUCGCUUGAAAAUCGAUUUCGAAAAGAAAGGUUUCUUCCUCCCAUUCUGCCUCUCGUCGGGAUGCUGCACGCGUGUGGCAUCACGUCCUCACUCAUUUCUCGUCCUGCGUCCACGGCUCGGCGUUUGGAUGAUGCUGUGGAUGCUGACACGAUUCCAGGCGAUGCCGCAACGUCAUCGUCGUCGCUGUGGUGGCAGAGGUGUGCCACAGGCGACAUCAAGGUUUUGCCAGAGGAUUUUGUAGUGGUGGAGAUCGACCCAACUGGACAGCGCACUGAUGCGAACCCAUACGUGUUUCCUGCUGUCGAUGCCUUUAAUUCCACCACGUCAGCUCGCGACACGAACCCCACUGAGGCGGCUGACCUCGACGAUGACGGAGGGGAAGUGGCACACGAGUGUGGGAACAGCGUGGGCGACGUUUCUCUUCUGUGCAAGUCUGUCGCGGCGGAAGCGGUGGCCCCUCCGUCGACGCGAGCGCUGCACGACUUACACCGGCUACUCGUGGAGUGUGCGCCUACCCUGCGACAGUUGUUUGGGGAUGCUACGGAGGUCGAAGAGAAAGUCAGCGCGACCUUCACGCAAGCUGACCUGACCGCGCUGAUUCGAGAUGCGCAUCUGUCUGCGCAAGGCGUUCUGCCUUCCUCCUCGUCAAAGACAAAAGAUGGUGCAGCAACACCAGAAGCGACGACUACAGCAUCAUCAUCCGCUACGGAGACCUUUCCGUGGUGGCGUGGAAGCCACUGUUUGGGCGAGUUCGCCGAGAAGAAGGAGCGCCAGAUUGUGCAUCUGCUGGUGCGGCGCUGCUUUCCACACAUGCGCUCGUACGCAGCCAUUUCAGGAGCUUCCACUGCCGCCUCUUCGUCGUCACCGUCAGUGGACGACGUAGCUUCUGUGCUUUCGUGCUCGCUGGACUUGCACUACGUUCUGUUUUGUGCCACUCUCGGCGCGGAGGCUGCGCUGUGUAUUGCACGGUGGGCCAUUGCGGCGCAAUCGGCACGACAGGAGCGCAGCCUCGACGCAGCGACACGCCGGGAAAUGCAGCUCAUUACACCUGUGGAUGACAGCGUGGCACCGGCCAGUGUGGACAGAGGUGUGUGCUUUGCGUCCUUUGACCCACUGACCGAAGCGAUGCGGCGGCCCAUUGCGACGUCGUCUCCGCGUGACGUGGGCACAGAUGGGCAACAUAAAGGUGAUGACGAGGCUUCUCCUUCCUUUCCUGCUGGCUGCGCAGAGCAGCAGAUGCCGCUGCUGUCAGACAAGGAUGUGCGUCGCCACGUCCACGACGCCCUCCGCCGCUUCUACCCUUUCAUCAAAUGUCAAGUACAUAACGGCCAGGUCGUCCUGCGCUACACGCCAAAGCCGGGUCCGAAGAACACCACGGACAGCACUGCGCCAUCCAAUGAGAGCGUCCUGCUUGGCGUACGGCGUCCGCGAGAAGCUGAGGGGGAAGCAACAAAGGCGGAUCUUAACGCCGACCUCCCCUCUGGCGCCACCUCCGAUUUCGUUCAUUUCAUUGUCCGGAAGCGCAAUCUGGACACGGCCGAGAUGCGGCAGCUUGUUGGGGAGUACUGCAAGCUGAAGGACGGUAGCGUGUGCGCGGCCGGCAUGAAGGACAAGAAGGCCGUCACCACGCAGCGCUGUUCCAUUCCAAACACAAAGACACCCUCCAUGUCCCAGGUGGGGUGCAGUUCACUGGCCGCCUCUACGCCAGCUUCUCCAAUAAUUCUGCGCUGGCCUGCUGACCCGCAAAACAGCUACGCCACGGUGCUCUGCGCUGCACCCCGCAGCGGCCCCGUCCAUUUAGGACAGCUGAAAGGGAAUUGGUUCUUGGUGCUGGUCCGACACGUGCGAUGGGCCAUGGCCGGCGAGAGGCGAGGGUGGGGUGGCGACACCGCGGGCACACAGGCGACGCAGUGCGAGGAGCCACAAAAUGCUCCGGUAUGCCGUAGUGAGGAAGAAGGCACUCUUCGUACGUUUCUGGAAGAGCGCUUCAGUGAGUGCGUGGAGUACGGCUUUGUCAACUACUUUGGCCAACAGCGAUUCGGCGAGACCAUCGAGCACGCGGACGACCACACAGGGGUGCACCUCUUUGCAGGCCGGUGGGUGGAUGCCGUGCGGAGCCUCUUCCGUGCCUGCCCUGACGUCUACGACGCUUUUCCAGAGAAGAUGGAGGCCCGCUUUGUGCCUGGGAGCUCUCGAGACGCACAGGUGAUGACGCACGCGCUGCGUCAGACCUACCGCAUGUACUUCUCCGAGCACCCGCUGACGCGCGCGGAUGUGCAGACCUUCAGCGCUCUCUGGACACGACUGUGCGAGAAGGCCAUUACGGAGGGUGUGGCUUACUACCUGCGAUCGUUGUGGGUGCACGCCGGGCAGAGUGUUUUCUUCAACUUGGCCGCCUCUUUCAUCGUCGACGGGAUGCAGCGGCCGCCGCCACUUUGCUCUGCCAACGGUGAGAGGCGCGCCGUGCCGACCUCGGGCGCAACCGAAAGUGUGGACUCUCCACUUGCUUCAACACCCGCACCAGCAUCAACAGCGGCAACCGCUGAUGGUCUACCCCCGCUUCCCUACGCCACUGUUGCCAAGUCCUACUUACCUUUGGGCGGAUAUCAAGUAGAUCGAGCCGCUGCAGAGGAGGGCACUAGGGGAGGGGAGGAAAACAGCGCUGCGUGGCAGGGGUGGAGGGAGGCGGCGAUUGAGCACGCCUUGCGCACACUUCGCUGGACCGAGGCGCAGGCAUUUGAGCAACGGAAAGUGGCUGGUGUGCCUGUACCGGGCUCGUGGCGAGCAGUGGUGGUGCGCCCGCGCGAUGCUGUUCUGGAAUGGAUGACGAACGAUGAGGUGCGCGCCGAGGCGCAACUGUCCGACACGCCAGCCACGCACUCGCAGUCCGCAUUGCCUUCCAUGCGACUGUCGUUUGCGCUUCCGUCAUCCACUUACGCGACCGUUUUUUUGCGUGAGGUGCUGGGAUGUGAUAAGUGGUGGUGA